AUGAUUCUGGUCUUCGAAUUCCUCGAGAAUUUCAGCCUUGAUAAUUACCUUUUCGACAAGACAAAAAGUGCUCUGCUUAACUGGGAGAAGCGACUCCGAAUCACAAAUGGUAUCGCUCGGGGACUCUUGUACCUUCACCAAGAUUCUCGGUGUCGAAUGAUCCACAGAGACUUGAAGCCCAGCAACAUCUUGCUGGACAAAGAUAUGAUCCCAAAGAUUGCGGAUUUCGGGAUGGCCACACUUUUUGAAAGCGAUGGAGCAGAGGCUAGUAACACAAGCGUGGCUGGAACUUACGGCUACAUGUCUCCGGAAUAUGCGAUAGACAUGAUAUGCUCGGUGAAGUCUGACGUUUUCAGCUUCGGUGUCUUGGUACUUGAGAUGAUCUCAGGUAAGAAGAACUCUGACUUCUUCCACACGGACGAGGAAAGCCUUCUAAACUAUGUAUGGAGGAACUGGAAGGAAGGCAAAGGGCUGGAGAUGGUCGAUCCCGUAAUGGAAGAAGCAUCACCAUCAACGUUUCGACCACAGGAGGUCUUAAGAUGCAUACAGAUCGGCCUCCUUUGUGUGCAAGAAUGUGCAGAGGAUAGACCGCCCAUGGCGAAUGUCGUUUUGAUGCUCACUAGCGACACAACAGAAAUGGAUCAGCCAAGACGGCCUGGCUUUUGUGUCAGCAGAAAUCGUUCGUCUCCCAAAACGCGAAACGAAGAUACUUGGACUGUGACCCACGUAACUCUCUCGGCCAUCGAAACUCGGUAA